GUUGAUUCUUGCCAGACAUCUUUCACUUUGUAAGUAGAUCGUCAUUGCGGGCGUCGAGGCUCGAUCUUUUCGGCCGAAUCAGGCGUCGGUAUACGGCACUUUUAAUUAAUGACGUGACAGAAGCGUGAAGGCCCAGAGAGGCUAGCUUACCUCCCUCGAAUCGCACGCUUGUUUGUUCAUGACGCCUUCCUCUGCCUUGCCUUGCUGAGCACUGGCUCAUCGUCCAGCUACGUUCGACGCACAGCAUGGCCUCGACAAAGAGAGGCAACGAUGUCGGGGACGUGAUUCGCGGAGCGUCGAUGAAUUACGUCCUGGGCCUGCGUCCAGGAACUGACGCCGACAGCUUUGUGUCCUACUACCCGCCCCUGCCCAUGCGCGAAGGCGUGCCGCUGUCAUAUGGUGGUUUCGCGCUCUCCCUUUCGAUGAACGCAGCCCUGCAGACAGUCGAAGACGCCGUCUACUUCCACCCCUACUCUGUUCUGGGCAACUACCUGGGGCCCACGACCGGCAACGUCGACCUGGAGCUCAAGGUGACAAGAUUGCGCGAUACCCGCACCUUCAAGACGCGCCAAGUGACCGCCUUUCAAACAGUCAAGGGGGCCAAGAGAGCAUGCAUGACGCUGACGCUCGACUGCGUGCGGAGAUCUGCUGGUUCGGCCGACGACAAAGAUGGCGGCCGGGACAAGGAACUGCCCGACGUUGUCUCUCUCGAUGUGCAGCCAGAUCCCCACCCCGAGCAUCACUCGAACCUCAAAAUGCUCCACGACCAGCUAGACGAGGAUGUCAAGACGGGGUUGCUUCCUGCCAAGCCACGCAAGCUGCACGCCAUGCUGUUUGGAGAGGCGACGCAUUGCAUUGACCUCAAACAUCCCCGACACGGCUUCAACUACCAGACCAUCGAGGGUUUCUUCCCAAAGGCCAAGACCACUCAGGACCACCUUUCGAUCCCCCAACGCGUCGUCAUGGACUGGUUCCACGCCAAAGAGCCUCCCGAGGCAAAGGAGUCAACCAAGCCGCACAGCGAGGGCAUGCUGCUGCCCCCAACUCUGCAGACGGCCUCGGCAUGCUUCCUCCUCUUCGCCAUGGACGCCUUUCUUCCCAUCACGCCCCUGGUCCUCUCCAGAACGCCACUGCCAAAGGCCCAGGCCCACGCGCUCGACUUCUCCUUGCGCUUCCACAUGGACGAGGACCUCGAUGCCCAGGGCAGCUGGUUCUACCGCGAGAUCAAGACGUUGACUGCCAAGGGUCACCGUUCCUUCAACACGGCACGGGUCUGGCAGGAGCGCGGCGACGGGUCGCUAACCCUGGCAGCGACGAUGAGCCAGUCGUGCCUUUUGCGACCUCUGCCGCCACCGGCAAAGCCGUCGUCAAAGAUGUAGGCAUCCGGUCGCACGCGCGGAAAGUAGAGGAGCCCUAACCCUUACAGUACCUGCCUUAGAUGGCCUCGCAUUCGAUAAUGUCCAGAGGCGACCGGGUCUUGUACAGCUUGGUUAUCUUCCAGCCAGACGCGGCCAGGAGCACCCCAUAUUCAUGCUCAGUUCUCUCGGUGCCCCCGUAGAGGAGCAUCGAGAGCAUCCACUGGGCGGCCACCUUGCUCAGAUGCUCCGUGACGACAAACUCGCCCAGAAGAAGCUUGGCGCCCGGCUGGACGCUGUGUCGAAGCGCCUGGAGGAUCUUGAUGGCCUUGUCAUCGUCCCAAUCGUGAAUAAUCCAGCGCAUCCAAUAGACACUGGGCCGUAGGUUGUUAGGGAGCUCCACAGGCUGGGGCGUGUAGAAGUCGUGG